CCUUGUCAGGGCGGCUGUCUUUAAUUUUGGGUUUAAUUUAUUGUUCAAAUGGUCUAUUGACUCUUAAAAAAUGCUUCUUACAUUGUUAUUAUUGUUUAAACGCAUUUGAGAAACUUGAAAGUACCCCAAAAAUGGCGGAUAUUCGUCAUCGUGAGAAAGGCUAACUAACGUAGCAUUUAUUUAAGACUCGAUUUCUAUUAUAAAAUUUCUGCACGGACACGAGGCACGGCACUGACAUGAGGAUAUACGAAGUGAACAUUACGACUGAUAUUUAUGCUAACCUGCAUUUGUUUGAUGUGAUUUAACAAUUAACACAGGAAAUUGGUAUAAGACAGAUAUAGAAUUAUGCUAGAUCGAAUUGUGUUUGCGCACAAUAUUAUUUGUAGCAAAUAAGUAACUACUCUGUUAGACCAUUAUAGACUAUUGGAUAUACGUGCCCCCAGCGUGUUUGACUUGAAUUGUUUACUGAUCUUCGUUGGACGCAACAUAAGAAAACUAUUAUUCUAUAGAUCGUUAUGACACUGCGGGUUUUGCUUCUAAUUCUGGUUAUUUUCGGCUGCCUCCUGGGUCAUUCUGCCUCGGCGGAAUUCGAAACAGGCUAUUUCUAUGUUCUUGGGAGUGAUGGUAUUUACGUGAUAGAUCCAGUAGAAAAAAGUGUUGUUACUAAAAUAACCGACACAACAGCACCUGGGUUGUGUAUCGAUACCCGUAGCUCAGCAAGGCAAACGUGUGAGUUUACUCAGGCUUGCGUUGUUAACGACACACUUUUUGUCGGAGACAAAGUUGCAGAUGCUGUGCACGUGAUUGAUGUUAGAACACGAAGAAAAAUUCAAACUCUCUCGGACGCUUAUCCAACGGCUUUGCACUUCUUGCCGUGGCGCAAGGAAGUCUGGGUAAAUUCGUAUCACUAUGGUUACACGUUUGACGUGAUUGAAACUGAAGAUCUUACCAGGACACGCGUUGGACAAACUUCCCCUCAACCAGUCAUGAUUAGGGGGAGAAUGCUGCUUGCUGACAAAGAUAUGCUGGAAGGAAAAACGGCCUUCGUCACAGCUUAUGGUUAUCCCGGCGUCAUCCACGAAUUGAACUUAGAAACGAAGAACUACACAGCUUCUCAUAACCUAAUAAAGUACGGCUGCUCUAGAACAGACGGCAUUGCAUAUAGUUCUUACAACAAACACUUGUACGUGCAGUGUCAUCAAAACAGUGCUACCGAAACGAAUUUUACACUCGAACUGGGCCCAGUCAAUAAUAUCACAAUUGCCAAUGCAAAAAAGUGGAAUUUUCCUGGUAUUCCAUUUGUCUCGCCUAACGGUCGGUUUGUUGUAUUUAUUCAUAACGACAAGCUCUACAAACUGCCGGAGCCGGUGCAUCGAAUAAAUAUUUUAGCUCCAAAUGGAACAGGAUUUCAAGCCAGUCAUUACCCGGAACUUAUAUUCCGCGAUCCUGUAUCUAGCCCGGUUUUUUACCCCAAGGGUAAUACCUCGGAUAGCUACUAUGUAUUCUUUACCAUUGGAAACAAAAUAGCGAUCGUUGACUUGGACUUGGCGAAAAAUGGCAACAUCGCCGAUGUGAAAUAUAUCGAAGACGUCGCCUCCUCCCAAUCUCCGUUGUUUCUCGUCGAUAAAUGGAUCGUCUCUCCCGGAGCCAGAGAAAAGACGGUGGUGAUUAUAAAUGCUGAGACCCAAAAGAUCUACGCGAAGAUUAGCGGAGUGAACAGAGGGCAUUUUGUAGUCUGGGUCCCAGGGCCCACCUCAAGUCGCACUUCAGGCAUAGGUUACCCGAGUUAUUUGAUUUUUCUAAUCGUUUUGUAUGUCUUUAUGUGAAACAGCUUUGAAAUUUUAGAAUGUAGAAUGAAGGGUAACUAAUCUUGAGUUAUUAUAAAAUUAUAGUCAUAAUUUCUUCGUGUCAAAUUCGUAGUCUAGAAGCGUUGAUUCAUAGG